GUCACUGUCAAAUGGGUCUACUCUUUUGGCGUAUUUCAUGCAGCCAAUUUUCAAGUGAAUCACGAAUAAAAACAAAAUAAAUAUCUCUAAUAACAUUAAUAAUUAAAGCUGUGUGGCGUUAUAAACGCGUUUAGAGAAUGCGCACUUGCCAGUUCAUAAUUUGUUAAUCGGGUUUUAAAUUCACCACUUAUCUAUCAAACAAAAACAUGUUACGAAUAUAUGUCGUGCAAUUUUGUUUGUUGUUUCUAUAUGCACGGGUUGGGGCGGCUUCAGAUGAAGCUAAAGCUGAUAAAUCAGUGACAGUAGACUGCAGUACCCUGCGGUUAGGUCAAUACAUUUGUCCAGACCCGAACGUUGAUCAAAUCGAUCCCGAUACUCAGCAGUUUAAGGGAUGCGUUAAAGGGAAGGAAAUUCCAUCAGAGGGGGAAGCAGAUGUGCUAUGUAUAGCAGCGGAAGGAAUAAUCUGCAAUGAGACAAACAAUUCCACAUUUACAAGAAAGUUGCCAUGUAAAUGGACCAAUGGUUAUUCCCUAGAAAUAGCGUUACUCCUGUCUGUGUUCUUGGGUAUGUUUGGACUGGACAGAUUCUACCUUGGCUACCCAGGAAUUGGACUGGCUAAACUCUGUACUUUGGGAUUUAUGUUUCUGGGACAACUGUUGGAUAUAAUUCUUAUUGCUGCUCAGGUGGUUGGCCCAUCAGAUGGUUCAGCGUAUGUCAUUCCUUACUACGGAGCUGGUGUGACCGUAGUCCGCAGCACCAACGAGACAUACCUGCUUCCCCAAGCAGACUGGCACAACAUCACUUGACAGUGGGGAACAAUAUCAUUCGAGGAUGAUGAGGACUAUGAAUGGACAUAAGAAGCUGUGUGUGUGUUUGAACAUUGACUGACUUGAUAUAGUUUGUGUAAAUACAAUUUUAUGUUAUAAGGACAUGAGUGAUUCUGUGUAAAGAGGUUUUUAUUCAAAUGGUACCAAAUACAUAUGGACUUGGAUUCUUUCUAUGAAUAAUGUAAUCUAAACUUACCAGAUGCUAAUAAUAAUUUCAGUAAAUGUACCUAAAAAAUGUUAUGGAUAAUUCCACCAGGACAUAUACAUAUUUACUUAGAUAUUCUAACUAAAUCAAUUAUGUAACUUUUAUACAGAUAUUGGGUAUGACUGCAGAUUCUGUACAGCUGUAUAAUUAUGUUAAAAAUAAAAUAUAAAACACCA